AUGUCAUCAAAUGCAAAUAGUUCUGAACGUGAACGUAGCAGCAGUAACAGCACUAUCAGUACAGUCACCGCCGUAACAUCGGCAGCAUUAAUUCGAGGUUCCAGUUCGUCAACUGGUACAAUUACUUCGACAGCAGUUAUCCGAAAUGGACAGUCUACGUUCCAAGAAUCUGCUCAAUCUUCCUGUUCGACUGGAUUGAAUACAGUUGGUGAAGUAUACAGUUCACAACGUACCAGUACUCCAAACGGUUUUACGUCAACAAAUUCUCCAAAGAAAAGUCGAAAUUCUGUUUCUAGGCCGCCUCGUUCUGAAACUGAAGAUUCUGUUAACAAGUAG